CUGGAAAUAGAAAGAGUUCCUGAUAUUUUCGUUGCACUUUUUGUAGAAGAAGUGACUGAUGCUGAAACCCAGGGUCAGCACUCUGGCCAAACAGAAGGACCUGAAGAGGUAACCGAUGCUGAAACCGAGGAUCAUCACCCCGGCCAAACCGAGGGAUCUGAAUUCGUGACCGAUGCUGAAACUGAGGGUCCCCACCAUGGCGAAACAGAGGGUCCCGAAGAAGUAACCGAUGCUGAAACGGAGGGUCAUCACCCUGGUGAAACAGAGGGUCCUGAAGAAACCGAGGGUCCACACCAUGGCGAAACAGAAGGACCUGAAUCCGUUACCGAUGCUGAAACCGAGGUUCCUCAUCAGGGUGAAACAGAGGGUUCUGGAGCCGUGACCGAGGUUGAAACCCACGGUACUGAGAUUGACGAAGUGGAGGAGGCAGGUAUGCAAGAGCGCAUUGCCUGGGUUUCACCAUGCUUUCUGCCAUCUCAAACACAACACUUAUUGGGCAGGGCACUUGGUCGACCUCCCUAA